UCUCUUUUUGUCCCCCUGCCGGUACCCGUAUUUCGCCUAAACUACCGGUAAAUAGCUGUCUGUAUACGGAUUUAAUAAAACAAACAAAACAUUAACACUGUGAAACCGUUUUGUCCUAUUUUGGUUAUCGGCAACAAACACGGAGCACAAGCGCACUGUGAUAAGAUGUUGUGGUGUUGCAGUCUGGCUCUGUCUUGUCUUACAGAGAGCUCGUUUACAUAUACAGAGCAACAAGCAUUCCACAGUAGUGAUGGCUAUGCAGCAGGAGAAAAAACACCAGCUAGUUGAGGAUGUGGAAGCUCCAGAUGGAGGUUGGGGCUGGGCGGUGGUGGUUGCACUCUUCAUGGCUUCAGCCCUGGUUUUUGGGCUCAUCCGCAGUCUGGGGGUUUUCUUUGUGGAGUUUGUGCAGUACUUUGGGGAGAGUGCUCAGGCUGUUUCCUGGAUAACCUCCAUAGGAGUGGCUAUGCAGCAAUUACUGAGUCCUAUAGGCACAGCUGCUUGUAAUGCAUACGGGGCUCGUCGUGUUGUAAUGAUCGGAGGUGUUCUUUCUGGACUGGGAUUCAUGCUGGCUUCUCAGGCUACAACACUCACACACCUCUACCUGACCAUGGGACUCAUUUCAGGGUCAGGCUGGGCUCUAGUGUUCACCCCUACAAUAGCCUCUGUGAUGGAGUAUUUCAGCACUCGGCGUGCUCUAGCCAUGGGCCUUGGCUUCACGGGUGUGGGUUUAUCCUCCUUUGUGUUCUCUCCACUUUUCCAAUACCUGGUAGACUUCUACGGGUGGCGCGGGGCACUCCUGAUUCUUGGUGGUCUCAGCUUCAACAUUGUGGCCAGCGGUGCCCUUAUUCGACCACUCAGACCCACUAAAGUUGUGGAAAUGAGUAAAAGCAACAGUGUGUCUGAUAACUGCAGGUCUUUCUUUUCCCGUUCCUGUCAGUAUUUUGAGCUGUCACUGCUCUUGCAUCGAGGCUUCAUCAUCUACAGCUUGGCUGUCACAUGCUUCAACGCAGGGUACUUUAUUCCAUAUGUCCACCUUGUGGCCCACAGCCGCCUUGUGGGCUUCAGCGAAUUCCAGGCUGCAUUUGUCAUUUCCAGCACGGGUGUGACAGACAUUUUGGGGCGUGUGGUGUCCGGCUGGGCCUCGGAUUUGAGGCAUUUGCGCUCGCUCCACCUACUGACCAUAUGGACGGCUUUAGUGGGUCUGUUCCUCCUACUGCUGCCCCUCUGCUCACUACAAGGGCACUAUGCGGGUCUGCUGACAGUCAGCCUGGCAUAUGGCUUCUGUGCCGGUGCUAUGACCCCACUGGUGUUUUCUGUGGUGCCAGAGAUUGUGGGCAUGGAUCGUAUGGUCGGUGCGCUAGGACUCCUGCAGCUUAUUGAGAGCGUAGGAGGCCUACUUGGAGCGCCACUAUCAGGCUGGUUGAAGGACCUCACAGGUUCUUACGUAUUUUCCUUUGUGGUAGCCAGUGUGUUUCUCUUCUUGGGUACCAUAAUAACAAUGACUCUUCCCUAUUUCUGUACCUGUACCAACCCCCUGCCCCUAUCACUAAAGAAGAAGACUAAAAAUGAGUCCACUGAAGCUGAUCCACUUAAACAGGUUUUACCUGUGGACUCCAUAGAGAAUAUACAAAACCCGGAUAGGAUUCCAGAAACACUCCCGUCUCAGAACCACCUAACAGAAACAAGUCUGGAAGUGAAAGACGCACCUCUCAGUGCAAACCGGACAGAAAGUGGGGCUACUUGCUGAUUGGCUGGAGGAGCAGUAUGGGCUUCCCAUAGGAAUCAUAUUGACCAAUUAUUCUUUUUACUGUGAAAGAACUCAUUGUUGGACAGCAUUUACAGAGAAACUGUCAAUAGCAGGUAAAUCUAAACCUGACAAAGAGCCAUCAUUAAAGAAAAAAUUGUAUACCACCUCAGCUCCCUUUGGGAAUAAAGAUCAAGCCAGAAAACUGCGCCAGUUGUAGACACAAAUUCAUCUUUGUUAGAAUCUUUAUAUGUUAAUUGUUAUUGUUUACACCUAAACCAACACUGUAUACUCCUAUGCAGCUUUGCUUUAUUCUUUCAUACCAAUCAAAUAUAGGAAAUUGCUAGGAACUACAGGAAUCCACAAUGAUCACACAAACCACAUUAAAAGUGUACCAGAUCACAUUUUUGCUGACAUUUUAUUGAUUUGCUGGCAGAUUAUUGGACGUGUUGUUGAACAUAUCUCACUAUAUAUCAUGUUGCGCCAACAUCAGAAACAGUUCCACAUUUAACUCACAGUAUGCUCUGUGUUGCAAAUAGGAAAAGACUGAUGAAAUCCUACACCACUGGUUCCCCUAAGCAGUCCAGAGAUCAGCUGAGCAGUGUCAGCUGCAUGGGGUCCUCUGAGUAUGUAGUAAUUGUGAUCACUGAGCUACACCAUGCACUUCAUCUAUUGAAGUGUUCUAGGUUCUAGUUUUUUAAUGUCAGUAUGAAUUUGAAGAAGAACUUGAAGCAUUGCAGAUUUCAUGAGUUUACUGAACCAGCAGCAAGAAGACAAAUAUUUUUACAUACCAUAACUGUUUAAUUAAUUCUGAAUGUCAUGCUCAGUACUCACAGGAAUUCUAGCUGAAUGUCACAGCAUUCAUUUGUUUUUCACACUGAAUUUUUUUUCCCCAUAUGGGAAAUUCCCAUAUCACUGUCUACCUGAAAAAAAAAUGCUGCAUUUUUGGUCAGAAUUGUAGGCAUGUAGACAUGCUGUGAAGAUGACCUUUACCCUGGCAUUAGCAGAGGCACGUUCAAGGGACACAAGUUUAGUGCUGUGUAAUGAGUAACCUACUUUCAUUAUUAUACUUUUAAAAAUUUUAGGCGAUAACAUGCCUUUUAUAGCCCGCAUAUUAUACUGAUUUUUUUUUUUUAAUUAGGAUUUUUAGGUGUCUUUUGGCCAUAUAUGGUGGUCUAAAUUUGUUUGCAUAAGAUGUAGGUAUUAUGGUGUGGUGGAUUAUGGUUUAAGUUUUUUGACAUCUUCCAGUUGGCUUAGUUAGAAAGCAAAUUUAACACAGAAGUCUCAUGGCCUUUUAAGGACAUUUAAACUGUGGCAUUAUAAAAAUGUUCAAACCUUUUUUUUUUUUAAAUUCUACUAGGAGUAUUAAAAUAAUAAUAAUAAUGAUAAUGAUAAAAUGCAAAAUAAAUGUUUGAGGUUUAAAUGUACGUUAUGUUUAACUUUAGCAAUUUCUUUUAAUUAUGUGUUCAUAUUUUGACCAUGUAAAGCAAAGCUGAGAGUUUUCACCAGUGAGACAUUCCGUUGUAUUACUGAUAUUGCUUAUAGAAGAACAGAUGUAGCGCUUGCUAGUUGGUUAUCUUAUUCACAGGUCUACAGGUGGACUCAUGAGCAAUUUGGUUAGAUACUUGACAAAGUUGUACAUAUUUUAGCCAGCCAUGCUUGUUACUGUUAUUUUACAUCAGUGGCUGAACAAAAUUAGUUACUUAUUUAACAUUAUUUCAGGUUCUCUGAGGUCACUGCAACAAAUCUGUUGAAAUCAUCAAAUUAAACAUUAUGUGUGCUGAAUGACCAAACUAUUUUUCAGCAGUUAGUCUCCAAGGCCCUGCACAUUGCAUUUUGCUAUCUUAUGUCUUACUAUUCAUUGUAAUUCAUGUAAUGCUCAUGAUUAAAAACAGACAUAGGGUUAUUAUAUGGUGUAUAGGGGUUAUUUAAUUGGAUAUUAGCAGCCUGAUUUGACAUUCCCUGUCACAAAACAGGAAGUAGAUCAGAGUCUACUUCUGGUGUGCAUCCUAAGAGAUUUUUGUAGCCGUGUGUGAGCCACUGAAUUAUUCUGAAAGCUGUGUCAAUGUCUUUGAGCUCUUAAAAAUAAACAUAUGAGCCUUAAUCUACUUCAGCCAUUAGCUCCUCUACUGCAAAACACCAGGUAUACAAGAUCAGUAAAGUAAACAGGGCUGUAUCUGGUACACAUACUGGAAACCUCUGAAACUGGGAACCUUCAAAAAAUGAAACCUUGGAAUUUAUUUCAUAAGCAUCCCUAAUAAUUGCUGAUGCAGUAUGCAUGCUUGCAUAUUAACCCUAACCCAGGAGCCUUUUUAAUUAGCUGUAAAUCCUUAUUUGAUAAAUUAUUCCAUACCUUAUCAUUUGACGUGAAGUUGUUUUAUUCCUUUUAUAAUAGAUCAUGUUUGUUUGUGUGUGCGCACGCAAACACUAGUAGCUAAUGAAUUACUUGCUGUUGUCUUUUUAAACAAUUUUCUUGAACACACCUCAGGGUGCAUGGAAUUCAGUUGAUGUUUAAAAUAGCCGAGUUGUUUUGUCCCUGUCUGAUGACAUCACGUGCCUCUGCUUUUGAUCAUGACUACAUCUACUUGAUUACAUUUGAUUGUGGGUUUAGUUCAGGUUUGUUUUUGUUUAAGACGUGUACAAUUACGUUUGAAUUAAUAAAUUAAAUUUUAAUACACAAAAUCCAAUAUUUUAUAUUUUGUAUUGUUCAAAUUUAUUCCAGAAUAGCUUAAUAUACCCUUGAUUAAAUAAAAAGCUUGAUAAGGUUUUUUUUUUUUUUUUUUGCAAUUGUAUUGUUUAAAGAGUAUAUCACUGAUAUUACUCUGACGAUGCUUAGGUGCAACAAUUAACUACAUAUCAUCGAGGAUCAGUCAUUUGGGACCUGUUAGUUGCAGGUUGUUGUCUACAACAUGAUGUCUGCAUAGUAAUCACUUCUGGUACAUCUCUGAGCUAAAAGAAGACACAUGAGCAAGCAAGUUUAUUUUUUCUACUGUUUCACUGGGAAAAUCAUGUAUGAAUCGUUUGUUUCCCUAAACAAGACAUGCAUAGAUGACACAAUGCUUAUGUAACAAAAAAUAAAUUGAGAAAAGUAAUUUUGGAAUUUUGGUCAUGAACAGAAAAUGAAAAACACUUGCAGGGAAUUUACAAUUAAUCUAUGACUAAUGCACAGUUUGGAGAAGAAGCUGUGUUUCCCGAGAAGGUGGAAUUAAAACAAACUGUUCGGACUGAAAUAUAAUCCAAUCUAUGAAAUUGAGGGAUAUGAGAUCUCUCUCAAAACAUACAAUAGAAAUGUGCUGUAUUACUUUCAUUAAAAAAAAAAACAAACAAACAAAAAAAAAAACACCACAAAUAUGAAUUGAAACCAUGAUCAGUAUAAUUUGAUGAGACUACCAAGAGCUGACUGGCUUCACUCAGAGUCCUUUUACACAGUCCUGAUACCAGUGUGGUUAAAGAGAACGCUGGCGAACACAGAGCAAAGCUAAACCUACAGCAGCGCAGUGGCAUAGCAACACUGCUAAUCUGAAAUGACCUAAUGGCCUAAUGAGGUUCAGGCUCAAAGGUCAAGCGUGAUAACAUUCCAUAGCUUACAGAGUUCAUAAAUGAUUUCUCUUUGUGUGUCACAGCCAGGUGAUGACCAGGCAAAAAAGCAAGACACACUUAAGAAAUAACACUAAAUCUUCCAGCCCAUGUCUGUAUAAUGAAUAUAGUGAGAGAAACAGGCACAGUCUUGCACCUGGUGG